AUGACGCUGGUGACGUUGGUGAAAUACAGGCCGUUCCAGUCGGCGGAGAUCGUACUAUUUGCCAACCUAUUGCUCUCGGAUAUGUUUGUAACUGCCAUCGCAGACCCCAUGAGUAUUGUUGCCAAAACUCUGGGAUGGAACUUCUUCUCCCUUGUUCAGCCUCUGUGUGUCAUCAUCGGAACCAUCUGCACCAUGUCCUGCGUUGUCUCCCUUCUCACCAUAGCAACCAUCGGCGUCAACCGCUACCUCAUCGUGUGUCACAGUCAUGGCUUCGUGGGUAAGAGGGUCCAGACUAUCACCUUGACGUGCAUCUACGGCUGGGCGAUUACUGUCGUCUCGAUGACGUUUUUCGGAUUUGGACGUCACGGCUUCAACAACAAGACCCACAUGUGCCUCCUCGUUCAGGGUCCCUCCACAGGCAGCUUCAUGGUGUUCUUCGUCGUCGUGUGUUUAUGGACACCGAUGAUGGCGACGUUACUCUCGUAUGGAAAUCUGUAUCAUCGUGUUACGAAGUCACGACAACGCAUCCUCGCCGUCACGAACACCUUCAAGUCGAACAGAAAACGCAAGACUCAAGGAGAUUCCGUCCAGUUGGCGAAAACAGCCUUCAUCAUCUUCUCCGUGUUCGUCAUCUGUUGGUUCCCGAUCUCUGUACUGUUUCUAGCCGACAGGCACGGCGGCGUUGACCCCGGCAUCAGCAUCUUGUUGUCGACGUUCGCCCACAUACAUCCUUCACUGAACUUCUUCGUCUUUUACGGCACCAACAAACGAUUCAGAAACGCGGUGAGGGGGCUUCUUCUGAGGAAGCCCCGCCAUGUUGUAAAUAACAAGUCAAUUGCAACGAUCACCACGGAGAUGUGA